UUCGCCAAACAUCCACAUUCCACCAGUCUCCACCGGGCUUUUCCAAAACCCCGUUGUCGAACCUUUCUUGACUUUCCGCCUCUCAGUAGUUCGAUCCAUCCGGCGACGGCAUUUCCGAUAACUCUGUGACUUUCCACUAUGGUUCUUCUUCAACUAGAUCCGUUCCUCAAUGAACUGACGAGCAUGUUCGAGCGAAGCACUGAGAAGGGAUCCGUUUGGGUCACUCUUAAACGAUCCUCCUUAAAAUCUAAAGUGCAGAAGAAUAAAUUGUCUGCUGCUGGUGAAACAAUCGAGUAUAGAUGUCUCAUUCGCGCUACUGAUGGGAAAAAGACGAUUUCUACUUCUGUUGGACAAAAAGAUCACCAGCGCUUUCAAUCUUCCUAUGCAACUAUACUGAAGGCCCACAUGACUUCUCUGAAGAAGAGAGAAAGAAAGGACAAGAAGAAGUCUGCAGAGACUGAUAAAAGAGAGGGCAGUUCAAAGAAAUCCAAGAAGGUUUGAAUUCAGUCCAUACCUACAGGGAGACUAUUGUUUUCAGUUGAGGGAUUUACACUAGGCCUUUGUUUUUCUUUCUUCCUUUUUUGGAAUUGAAAACGAAAAGGUAGAAGAAUUCUUGCAAUUUUGAGCACCUUGAGGAUUAAGGUAUCCAACUUGUACAAUUUAAUACCUUUUUUAGUUGUUCCUUGAGUGGCCUUAUGUGCAAUAUUCAUGCAUAUACAUAGCAAAAUCAGAUAUUUUUCCAUUGCAUUUUGCACCCACAUGAAAAAACUAGGAGCUGGUCUAUAUGGAUUCUUUUCUUCAUGAGGA